GGUGAUCGGUUCGCCAUUUUUGUCAGCCAUUUCCUGCACUGGUCCGCUGCAGAUCAGCGCUUACUGAAGGAGCGAGAGCCGUCCUGUGCAGGCCGCUGUUCGGGACUGAAUGAGAGACUAGCGCUCCAGCGGGCCGGCCAGUACUCACAGAAAGCCCGUGUUUCGGUUCGGUCCGGUAGGACAGGAGGGAGAUCAUCAUGGCUCUGAAGAUCGUGAAGGGAAGCAUCGAUCGGAUGUUCGAUAAAAACCUGCAGGAUUUAGUACGUGGCAUCAGGAACCAUAAGGAAGAUGAGGCCAAGUACAUCUCCACGUGCAUCGAUGAGAUCAAACAAGAACUCAAACAGGACAACAUCGCUGUUAAAGCCAAUGCAGUCUGCAAGCUCACCUAUUUGCAGAUGCUUGGCUAUGAUGUCAGUUGGGCUGCGUUUAACAUCGUGGAGGUGAUGAGCUCUUCCAAAUUCACAUUCAAGGUGAGAGUAUUAUUUAGGACCUGA